AUGAUUACCCAUUUCAACAAUUACACAGCUUUCUCCUCCAUCCCUCGUCAAAACCAAGCUCCUCCAACUCCAAGGUUCGACCUUUCUCGUGUUCCGUUCACAGUUCGGCGUUUUCAGAUUAAAACCUGUGUCCGUAGGGGUAAAUCUGAGCUGCAGCAGCACUCGUCUCAGUUACCCACUCGGUUUUUCGUUAACCCGGUUUCAAGAACGGUUAGGAAUCAGUCUCAAGAAGCUCUUUUCGAUUACUUGCAUUAUACUAGAAGCUUUACUUUCACUGAUGCAGAGCAUAUAAGCAAGAACUCUCCGCACUUCAUGUCGAAUUUGCUGUCCAAGAUUGGUGAUGACCACAAGGAUAUAUCCAGGGCACUGACCAAGUUCCUUAGGUACAAUCCCAUCAACGAGUUUGAGCCGUUUUUCGAGAGUUUGGGUUUGUGCCCUUCUGAGUUUGAGCCGUUUCUUCCACAGAGGCUAAUGUUUCUGAGCGAUGAUGUUACCAUGUUUGAGAACUUCCAUGCUCUUUGCAACUACGGGAUCCCGCGUGGCAAGAUUGGCCGUGUGUAUAGAGAAGCUAGAGAGGUUUUCGGAUAUGAACUCGGGAUGUUGUCGUCGAGACUCAGGGCUUAUGAGGGUUUGGGUCUUAGAAAGGCUACAGUCAUCAAGCUAGUUACUAGUUGCCCUUCGCUGCUUGUUGGUGGGAUCGAUGGUGAGUUUGCUUCUGUGGUUGAUAAGCUGAAGGGUUUACCAGUAGGAUGUGACUGGCUCGAGCGAGACUUGUCUGACCGGAAAACGUAUAGCUGGCGCAGGAUUCUUGAGACGAUAGAGUUUCUUGAGAAAGUGGGAUGCAAAGAGGAGAAGCUGAGUAGUCUUUUGAAAACGUAUCCGGCUUUGGUGAUCGAAGGAUCCGGCAAGAAGUUCUAUGUUCUGUUCGGUAGGUUGUUUAAAGUCGGGCUUCAAGUGAAUGAGAUUUAUAGGCUCUUUAUAGACAACCCUGAGAUGUUAUCAGACAAACGCGUGAAGAAUAUCCGAAAGGCGCUGGAUUUCUUGAUCGCUGUUAGAAUGGAAACGCAGUUUAUCAGAAAGAUUUUGCUGAGUCACAUGGAGCUUAUCGGUUCAUGCUCUCUUCAAGCGCCUAGAACCGCUUGUAGUAGCUUGAAUGUUAGCCAAGACGAGCUAUGUCAGAUGUUAAAGAAAGAGCCUUUGAGACUGUUCAGUUUCGUUUCUACAGCGACGAGCAGAAAAAGCAAACUUCUUUCGGAGGACUCAAGGAAAUGCGCAGAGAAGGAAGCCUUUUUGUUCAGGCUAGGGUAUUUAGAGAACUCGGAUGAGAUGGUGAAGGCUCUGAAACAGUUUCGAGGGAGGGGAGAUCAGCUGCAGGAGAGAUUCGAUUGCCUCGUGAGAGCCGGUUUAAACCACAACGUGGUCACCGAGAUCAUCAGGCACGCUCCAAUGAUACUCAACCUGUCUAAGGAUGUCAUAGAGAGAAAGAUACAUUCCUUAACCGAGCUUCUCGGAUAUCCGAUCGAAUCCCUGGUGAGUUUCCCGGCAUAUCUGUGUUAUGACAUGCAGAGAAUACAUCAGAGAUUCUCAAUGUAUUUAUGGUUGAGGGAAAGAGAUGCAGCGAAGCCAAUGCUGUCACCGAGCACUAUUCUCACUUGCGGUGAUGCCCGGUUCGUCAAGUACUUUGUCAAUGUCCACCCUGAAGGUCCAGCCAUGUGGGAAAGUAUAAACCAAUCAUAUAACCUGAAGUGA